GGUUCUGACCCAUAUCUCUACCCCUUAGUGUCGGCCAUGUUGGAGAGCGAGAGCAUUCCCAGCCUGGCCGGAGUCAAGUCCAUGGGCUACAGGAACCGCUCGUCCAGCAUGGACACGGACGCGGACGGGCCCACCACCUACACCCUGCAGGGCCUCAUCCGGCAGCUCAGCCAGUUCAACAGCAUCAUGAGGGACCACGGACUGGACCCCGAGGUGGUGGGCCAGGUGGUCCGCCAGCUCUUCCACUGCAUCAACGCCUUCACCCUCAACAACCUGCUGCUGCGUAAGGACGUCUGCUCCUGGAGCACGGGCAUGCAGCUCAGGUACAACACCAGUCAGCUGGAGGAGUGGCUGCGAGCCAACAACCUGUUCCAGAGCAAAGCUUCGGCCACGCUGGAGCCCAUCAUCCAGGCCGCCCAGCUGCUGCAGGUCAAGAAGAAAACGUCUCAGGACGCCGAGGCCAUCUGCUCGCUGUGCACGGCUCUGACCGUGCAGCAGAUCGUGAAGAUCCUGAACCUCUACACGCCUCUGAACGAGUUCGAGGAGCGAGUCACCGUGUCCUUCAUCAGAAACAUUCAGAGCGUCCUCCAGGAGAGGAACGACCCGCCGCAGCUGCUGCUGGACACCAAGCACACCUUCCCCGUCCUGUUCCCCUACGCCCCGUCCGCCCUCAGCCUGGAGGCCGUGCACAUCCCCGCCUCCCUGGGGCUGGACUUCCUGGUCCGGGUCUGACCCCGCCUCCUGGGGCUGGACUUCCUGGUCCGGGUCUGACCCCGCCUCCUGGGGCUGGACUUCCUGGUCCGGGUCUGUCCCCGCCUCCUGGGGCUGGACUUCCUGGUACGGUGUGGCCCCACCCCCUCAGACUGAUGCUCAGCACCGGCCUUCAUUUCCUUCCUCUGGAUCUUCAAGGUCGAUCUCUGACCCUCCAGCAGAAUUCGGUCUGGUUCGGCCCGGUUCUGCUCCUCUUUAGGUUUAGUUCGAGGAAGGAGGCGGAGCCAGUGACCUAGGAGGGUUAAAGGUCACUUCCAGGUUCUUCCAGAUGGAUGUUGGGUAGAAGAUCCGCCCCCCACUCCUCUGUCUCAACCAGAACCAGAACUCUAAACCAAUCAGAACUCUUCAUCCUCCAGAUUUCUCACUAAUCAGAACCAGAAGUUACCAAAAUAAAAGCAUGUUAGUCUGCUUCCUGUGUGAUUCCUCCAGCUAACCCUAACCCUAAUGUGCAAAAUAUUUAAACCAGCUGAACUUUCUAUCAUCAUCUGUAAUAAAGGUUUUAAUAUUUCUGUGUAA